UUCUCGACAUUGGAAGCCGAGAUACUAAAAACCUUUAUCAACUUUCUGACCUAAGUAAGCUCAAUUAUCUCCAGAAUUUGUUCGUGCUCAAACUGAUACCUAUUUGUCAAGCAACACCCAUCUUUCUGUUCAUGGAUCUAGAAAAUGGUUGAUGUACAACUAAAACGUAAUUCUGAUGAUGUGGGAUGGGAAUAUGGAGAGAUGUUAGAAGCUAAAAAGUUGAUCAAAGAAGCUUCUAAUCAUCUUGAAAAGAAUUAUCAGCCUAUUUUUCAGAUUAUGGAUGAGAAAAUGAAAGGUAGAUUGGAUUCUCCUUUGCAUCUUGCUGCUUACUUCUUAAAUCCAUUCUACUUCUACAGAGAUUCUGAUAUCCAGAAUGAUUUGGAGAUCAACUUAGGAUUUAUUGCUUGUGUUGAAACUUUUUAUCAUGGUGACUUUGAGAAGCAAAAUAUAAUCGUCAAUUAUGAGAUUAAUCUCUAUAAAAGGAAAAUUGGCUCUUUUGGAAAAGACUUAUCAGUAAGAGGAUGUCAACGGAAUGAUGAAAAAUUUGAUCCAGGGAAUUGGUGGGCAACUUAUGGAUGUCAUGUACCUACGUUACAAAAGCUAGCAACUAGAGUGCUUGCUUUGACCUCUAGCUCUUCUGGUUGUGAAAGAAAUUGGAGUAGCUUUGAAGCGAUCCACACUAAAAAAAGGAACAAAUUAAUGGUCAAUCGUCUAAACAGCCUAGUUUAUGUCCAGUUUAAUGCAAGACUUUUUAACAAGCACAAAAAAAUCAAGGAGAAAUUGGUGGAUGUGAUCAUAGAUGAUGGUAAUGAAGAAAUUGUGGAAGAUUGGAUUGUGGAGCAACAUCAUGAAGACCAAAGUACGAGUGUUGGUAUUGUGCCUAAUACCCAAUAUUCAAAGGUAAGAGAGCUUUAUGAUGAUGAUUUUGAAUUUGAAGAAGAAGAUGAAGUAAUGGUUGACAUGGAAUUUUGAACCGAAUGUAUUCCAUGAAACUCCCGAGUUUCAUGACACACCAAUGGGUUACUAAGGUAAUCAAGAAGUCUUAACUAAACUAGAAGUCUAACACAUGCUAAUUUCUUGAUCAUUGAAGAAAGUAAACAAAGGCGAAGUAGUCUUAAUUUUUUUUUGUGACUUUUCGAUAUAUGUGUCUCUCAAGAUCAAUACCAUAUUAAUAUUUGUAUAUCAUGUGAUUGGUAACUUAUUUUGUUUUU